ACUUUAACAUUGAAAUAGUAAAGGCAAACAGAAAGUCAUACCUGGAUUGACAAUUUAAAAAUAGUUGGACUUUGAUGGUGAAUGUUUAAAUAAUUGUAAACACGAAAUGGACUAAAAUUUGAAUGUUUUAAUUCAAUCUGCACAAUAGAUAACAGAUCCGUAGAUAGUCCAAUGGAAGAGACCGAUCCACUACUGCACUCUAACAGUAUACAACGUGAACGUACAACAUUACAGAGAUCUGAUCAGAAUGACAAACAGAGAACUUAUCCAGAUAGGAUUGCUGUAGUUUGUAUUAUACUGACUGUUAUGUGUGAACGUUUAGCUUAUUACAAUGUUGUGGGUAAUCUCAUAUUAUAUUGUACCUCGUCAUUGGGCAUAUCCUCUUCUACAGCUACUGAAAUCAACCUUGUAUUUACAGGCUCUGUAUUUCUUGUCCCUGCAGUUGGAGGUUAUAUUGCAGAUGUCUAUACAGGAAAGUACAAAACAAUUCUAGGAUCUGGAUUCAUAUAUAUUUUAGGGCUGACUUUGCUGUUUGCUUCAGCUAUUAAUUACAAGUCUUGGUUUGGAUAUCAAUCUGGAAUUUCUCGAAAUUCAAAAAUCGCACUCUUUAUUAGCUCACUUGUUUUCAUAACGAUAGGAUCUGGAGGUAUAAAAUCUAACAUUGGACCAUUAGGAGCUCAACAAGUAGAAUGUUUGGGUACACUUGGUGUACAAUCGUUCUUUAACUGGUUUUUUUGGUUUAUUAACUUUGGUGCAGUAAUAGCUCAUGUAGCAGUGGCAUAUCUUCAACAGAACUUAGGACGUUUUGAUUACGGUUACCUCAUACCAUUGGUUGUGAUGAUAAUAGGACAGAUAAUAUUUUGGAUCAGUAAGAAUAGAUACAGAACAGCUCUGGAAGAUGGAAGUCCUUUCAAAGAAAUAGUUUGUCUUUGUUGGGCAAGUGGAUGCAAGGGCUUUGAUCAAGCUGAGAGAAGGAAUCAAGAGGGAAAGUACACCAAAGAGUCUGUGAACCGUGUUCGCGCUUUUUGUAAAAUUUUACCAGUGUUUGGACUUGUUAUUGUAUACUUUGGAACCUAUGCACAGACAAGUUCAACGUUUUUUCUACAAAGUGAAAGACUGGAUAUCAGUAUAUGGUCGAAAAAAGUUCCUUUUGCAGUCCUUGAAAGUUUUGACAACAUUGCCAUUUUAAUAUUGAUACCUUUCAUGGAAAUAUUUAUAUAUCCUCUACUGGGAAGGAUAAAUCGACCACCAUCACGUCUACAGAGAAUGGGUCUAGGAAUGAUAUUUGCAGUUUUGUCGGUAGUUGCAGCAGGUGUUCUAGAAAUAUAUAGAAAAGAAGAUCUUUCGGUCAAUCAAACAAUAGUAGGCAACUACUACAAUGCGUCGUCAGUAUCCAUAUUUGCUCAAAUACCACAGUUUACGUUGAUAGGCACAAGUGAAGUAUUCACAAGUGUAUCAGGUAUGGAAUUUGCAUAUUCGGAAGCACCAGACAUGAUGAAAGGAGUUUGCAUGGGUUUAUAUUUAGACACAAUAGGAAUAGGCACUUAUUUUGCAUUAAUGAUCAUUGCAGUAGUGAAAAAAAUAUCUAAAGAUUCGUGGUUUCCAGAUAAUAUCAACGAAGGAAAGGCAGAAUACUUAUUCUUUCUAUUUGCAGUGCUCACUUUUCUCAAUUUCAUACUGUUUAUUUAUGUUGCAAAAAGAUACAAGUACUCGAGUGAACGAAACAAUGACAAGUCUCAUGACGAAGGUCAUGACCAAGGCGAUUGAAAAAAACCAGACAAUUUCGUUAUUUAAGCAUUUAAAACAUAGAAAUGAAUAUUAUGCCAAUGUUAUAAAAUUAAUGAAUAAUUAAUUAAUAAAAUGUGGGUUCUAUGAGAGUUAG